UCACAAAUGUUGGAUUGGAAAUGUUCUAAUCGUUUUAAAAGGAACCUUACUUCAAUUAACCUAAUUUCAGCAAUUCCGCACUGCAGUUGUUUUACAAAAAUUGACCCGACUGGAUUGGGAAAAACAAAAGCAUCCACACAAAACAACGCAACAGCUGCUGCAGCAUCUAAGAUCUAGAGGAUAUGACGUGAACGACAUGAUCGAAAGUGAUAAAAAACAAAAAGCAGCUGUCAGGGAGAUCCUAGCCAGACUUGAAGAAGCAAACAUCAUAAGCCAAGUGGUCACACGGCAAUCUCUGCGCGCAGCAGUUCCAUGGGCUGAUCUGGUUGUCUCCGCUGGCGGUGACGGUACUUAUCUGACGGCUGCAGCUGCAGUUGCAGACAAAACGCCCGUAAUUGGCAUCAACACAGAUCCCGUUGGGUCAGUGCCCGUUCUCUACGCGAAUGUUUUUUGUGAAAACUUUUGCAGUUCUGAAAAGGUUGAAUUAGAGAGCAAAAUGCCUAAGAAAGGAUCUGAAGGACAUUUAUGUAUAGGCGGCAAAAACCCUCCUCAUGAUCUAUUCAAACGCAUUGUCGAUGGGAAAUUUCAGUGA